UAGGCACCGGCACAGGCACGGGCACCGGCAGCGGAGCGGGGCUGGAGCCGAGCCCGGCGGAGGGAUGGGGCAGCGGCGGGGCCCGGCCGUGCUGCUCCUCGCCCUGGGGCACCUGGCCGGGCUGCUGGCAGCGGGACCCGCCUGCGCCGACGCUUACCGCGGCCUCUCGGACUGCGUCCUCAAGCUGGGGGACAGCAUGGCCACGUACGAGGAGGAGGAGGGCAUCGAGCUGCAGGGGCUGCGCCGGGUCUGCAGGUAUUGGGAUGAAUUCCACACCUGUGCCCUGACAGUGCUCUGGGACUGCCAGAAGGAAGCAGCAGCUGUCUGGGAGAUGCUGAGAAGGGAGUCCCGAAAAAACAAAUUUCAAGGCAGCUUGUUUGACCUCUGCAGCCCCAGCAUGGCCCAAAGCUCUGCCUGGACCCACGUUCCCAACAUUUCCAUCCUCAGCAUGCCCCUCAUCGUCACUUGGCUGAACUUAUAAACUGCAGCUCUGUGAGUACCCCAACUAAAGUGGUGGCAGUGCGUGGCGUGGCAUCUUUCAGAUCUAUUUUCCAAACCUUUGAGGAAUACACUGUGUGGAGCUCAGAAACUCCCAGCUCCAUCCUGCGCCUGUGAGACAUGGAAGAGCUUGGCAGCAUCUCCAGGGUGUUGAAAUUUCUCUGUAAUUUGGAGUAACUCCUCUCCCCCUUCUGCCUCAAGGCACAGGCACAGAUCUGGCUGUUGGGAGAUUUGGGAACUUGUAAAUACAGGGCACAGGAUUUCGGGAGAAAUGAUACAUUUCUUCUGGAAAAUGAUGAAUGCUGGAUACUUCUGCACUCUUUCAUGGCAACUGGAAGGAAACCUGUUUACUUUGCUGACUCUUUCCACCAGAUCAACUCUGCAGGGUUUUGAUUUGGACACUCAAAACAAGAUGGGUGUUUUUCCCACUGCUCCAUGAGGUGCAGUGGAUGGUGUCUGUCCUGUCACAGGCUGAAGGGAAACCUUACUGCCCUGAACUGACCUUUCUUCUUUGAGGAUGUGGUAAAACCCCUGCUGAACAAUGAUCACAGUUGCAUGACUUCUCUUGCACACAUCUGAAUUCCUGAAUUCUGUGUUAUGCAUAAAUCCCUUUUCAAUGGACAGAGGUGAAAAAUAUUUGGGGAGAGAGGGAGUAUCAAGCUAGGAGGACAAAAGGGAUUUAUAGCAACUCUUCUGCUUUAAAGCUUUCCCCAAGGUACCUGUAAGCAGCUGUGGGUAGAAGUGUGUAAUUCCAGAGUAUUAAAGCUUGUUGUAGAGCCAACAGCAUGGCAGAAGUUAUUUGUCCUGGCUCUUACUCGACAGCACAGUCUCCUCUUGUCUCCUUUGUGGCUCAGAGUGUUGUCAGUUUUGCAGCCUCAGUGCAAGCAUGGAAGUAUUUGGAACAGAGAGGUGUUUGCAAGUGGUUUCUGAGUACGUUGGAGAAACACAACAACAUUACUGGUUAGCCCAAGGCAGUCUGUGUUCUAAGGAUGCUGAUGGAUCUCUGUGCCCUGCCUGGGGGCACAGGGCCAUGGGGUGUGUGCUCAGUGUGAGCAGGGGAACCAGGGCCCUGCUAACUCCACAGAUCCCACCAGAUGCAUUCCAGGCACAGGGCAAGCCUCUAGAGCAAAGGAUCUUAGUCCUAACACUGGUGUUGAGUCAUGCAGCUUUCCUCUGGCAUUCACGUGUUCUUCCUCUUACCUUCACUAUCCCUCAACCCUCUGCUCCUGCAGCAGCAGCAGCAGAUAAUGAAGAAAAUGGAGCAAAUUCCAAGAAAUAAGCCAGGGCAGAGCAGCUGGUGUUCAGACAGCACUUCAGUGCACAAGUUGUUACUUAUGUAUUCAGUACUCAGCAUCUGGGGCACAAAGCCUUAGGGUGAGCAGUGGAGAAAGGUAAUUCAGAGCAUGGUAAAACCUGGAGUGAACCACUCCGAUUCAGCUUCACUUCUUUCUUUGUACUCCACACCAACAGCACUGUUUUUUCUCUGAUUCUGUUCCCCCCUCCCCUGUUAACUUUAGUGGCUGGGGAAAUCUGAAGCAGGGGAGUCAUGUACAACCAGGGCUGGAGUAUGAAUCCCGUACCUGUUCUUUGUUUAGAACAACUGUUUAAUGCCAUUAGGAAAAGAAGUAAGCACAGCCCCAUAAAAUCUCACAACCAUUGCCUUCUAUUUGAAUUUGGCAAUUCCUCUCUUGAAAUUUUCUACAUUAAAACAGCUUUGGGGAAAGGGAAGGUAAAAGAAUCAGAUUGGCAAGAAACCUUUUUGCAAAACCAUGGAUGCACAUGGAUGAUUGUCACUGUCUCUGAGAAGAACAGGUCUUGGGACAUAUCUUCCCUGGAAGCAAAUCCCUCAACUACUGCACACAAAAAACCCCCCAAAGAUUCAUUAAGAAACAAAGACCAUCUGCCACUGUUCUGGUAUGGAGCAGCAGAUUUUUUUUUUGUAAGCCAAAGGUGCUUCUAAAUCUGACUGAAAGCAUGUGAGAGAAAACUAGGUCUCACAGUAUGGGAGUGAUGAGUUUCCUCAAUCAGUAUUUCAUUUUUAGCAGAACUUCCUCUAUGACUAGGACAAUUAAAGUAGAAGUCCUUAAAAAAAAAAAAAAGUAAUACACGGGUUCAUUUCUCCUAGGCAGUCAGCAGCCUUUCAGAAAGAUUUCUGAUCCUACAGCACACUUCAUGGUGCUGCAGUGCAGCUCCUGGGAUGUCCUGCAGCCUCAGUGUUAAAGCCCCAUUUGUCAAGGAUUCUUCUCAUGGCUUUGCUGUGAGUUUCUCCAGAUACAAAGCUGUCCCCAGAUUUCCGCCCCCAGGGAAGCUGCUGAAGCUGUUCCAGCAUAUCUUGUGUAUUCAAAAAGAAAUGGGUUAAAUGUUCCUCAGUCCAAAGUCUCCACCUUUGCUCUUGCAGGGGAACAAAGGUGGCAGCCCUGUUAAUACAGACCCACAGCAACUCUGGGAGCAGCUGGAAGAACGUGGCUUUGUCUCCUUGCUCUCAGAUUCCCUGACUGUAAUUAAUCCUCCCGCUUGCCUCAAGAACAGCCCUGAACACAGGAGUUCACACCAGGCUUUGGUGUGGUAUUAAGCCUUGAAGUAAACCUGCAAGCUUUCCCUGUCCCUGCAGGACUGGGAUGUUCUUUCUCAAGAAUAGCACCAAGAAGCAGCAGAGGACAAAAUGACCCUGCAGGAGUCUUAAAACAUGACUAACAGCACGGCAGUUCUCGUCACCCCGAGGCAGCACUGCCCUCUGCUCCACCCCUGACCCAGCCACAGCACACUCCCUGCUCCUUUCUGAGGCAGACACUGGCACCUACUGGAGACCAGUUUGUAUCCAGGCUGAGGUGACUGCGAGAAAGGCAAGUGUCCUUGUACGUGAAAAAUGAGCAGGUUUUGAGAAGGGCUGGACUGUCUUGCUGCAGGGGCAGCCCUGGGAAGUGACCUCGGGGUGGCCUCCAGGCUGGCUCCUGCCCAGAGAAACACUUGUGUAAACUCUUCCCUCUGAAAGGCUGCUGCUGUUUGAAACUCUGCUUACAGGGGCUUUGGUCAGGAAGGGCUCCUGGUGAAAUCCCCCAGUAUAAAAAGUGUUGGGGGACUUGUUUAGACAGAAAUCCUCCUCUGGAGACCUGCUGAGUAUGUAAAGCAGCAGGAUGUCAUCCUGCCCCCAUUUACAGUGUCUGAGUGGGAGAGCAGGGACUGAAAUACAGCUCAGCUGCCCAGUAACAGAACUCUAAAGAGCAGCUUCAGGGAGUUUAUCAGUCUGACACCGUCCCACCACUUUUCAACAAGCUGAAUUAGCAAACUAUUUAUGCAAAUUAAAACUUACAAAUAUUAACAUACAAAGGGAAGUUACUGCUGCAAGAUGCUACACAGGAGAAAAAUCUGUCUCCAGACCUGGCUUUGCCCUUGUUUGGGGUUACACGUGGCCACCCCUCAGUGGAAACAGGCAGGGUGUGGGGCUGCUUGCUUGGCCUGUUGGAUCUGGAGGAAUCACCCAGCUCUGGAACCUCAGCAGUAAGGGGAUGUACCUGCCUGGUGAAGUUUAUUUGAAGGACCUCUAAAUAUUCAAGAAAUAACAAGUCUCUUGCUUAACAUCACCUCUACCAGGCAAGACCUGUUGCUGGACUGCUGAAGCCUGAUGGGAAAGCCCAUCCAAGGGGGAAGAGCAUCAUGGCUGCAGGAUACUUCUG